GGGGGGUGGGGUUGGUUAGUUAGUGAUGGUGGGAUGAUAUGGUCACACCGUCCUCUUAGUGGAUUACUGCUGGAUGAGAGAGAGAGAAUAGUGUCGUGACUGUGUGACUGAAAGCGAACUCACAAGUUUCGCUGUGUGAAUCUCCUUCUUGUUCUUCUUCAUUCUCUUCGCCAUCUUUUUAUAUUUUUUUCAACUCUUUUCGAUGAAAACAAUGCUCUCUAAAUCAAAUUAAUAUCUACACCUCACCUCAUCUCAUCUCAUGGCUAUCCCUCCCAAUUCCCUGAACAUGAAGAAGCAGACUUCUAAGAUAGCAUCUCCUCCUUCUUCUCAAGAUAUUCUCAUCCGCGAAACGCUCCGUAUCAGUGCCGAAUUAGCCUCUACGCCUCUCCUCGAAACGACGCCGCUCGAAUCCACUUCCACGUCCACCGUCAGAUUCAUCUGCUGCGAGGAAAUCGAUGGCCGGAGAUGGAAGUACGUUGCUGACACCGAUUCCUCCGGUCAAUUCAAGAAUAACACGUUUCGUUCUCUCAGUUUGCAAACCCCUAAGCCUCCGAUUGAUGAAUUGAUGGCGUUUGUUAGAUCCUAUGUCGUUCCUGAGGGUUUUCCGGACAGUGUUACGCCUUCGUAUGUUCCUUACAUGACUUGGAGGGCUCUCAAGCACUUUUUUGGUGGAGCAAUGGGUGUUUUCACUACUCAAACCCUUUUGAGUUCGGUUGGUGUCUCUAGAAACAGAGCCACUCCUGGGGCUGUUGCAAUCAACUGGAUUCUCAAGGAUGGAGCUGGUCGUGUAGGAAAGAUGCUUUUUGCCCGGCAAGGAAAAAAGUUUGAUUAUGAUCUUAAACAGCUGCGGUUUGCUGGUGAUCUUUUAAUGGAGUUGGGUGCUGGGGUGGAACUAGCAACUGCUGCAGCACCACAUCUAUUUCUUCCUUUGGCUUGUGCUGCUAAUGUUCUGAAGAAUGUUGCUGCUGUAACAUCAACAUCAACUAGGACACCAAUUUAUAAAGCCUUUGCUAAAGGGGAAAACAUAGGAGAUGUCACUGCUAAAGGAGAAUGUGUUGGCAAUAUUGCAGACCUGUUAGGUACUGGUUUUAGCAUAAUGAUUGCCAAAAGGAAUCCGUCUCUUAUCACCACCUUUUCCCUUCUUUCAUGUGGAUAUAUCCUUAGCUCUUAUAAAGAGGUAAAAUCUGUGGUUUUGCACACACUUAACUCCGCAAGAUUCAGUGUGGCGGUAGAGUCCUUCCUCAAGACAGGACAAGUUCCGACUUUGCGGGAGGGCAACUUGAAUGAGGACAUAUUCAGUUUUCCGUGGAAAGAUAAACCUGUUGUCCUUGGAUCAAGAGUCAAGGACGCAUUCCAAGACCCAAGUGCUUAUCUUGCCAUAGAGCCCCUGUUUGACAAGGAGAGGUACAUUGUGACAUAUAAUCCUUUAAAAUCUAAGGUUCAUGCUGUGCUCAAGGAUCAGGCAAAGUCAGAUGACAUUCUAAAAGCAGCAUUUCACGCUCAUGUGCUCUCGAGUUUUAUAAAAUCGUUGAAUAAAAGUAAAGUCUCAUCCUGGAAGCAAAGUGAGGAUCUUAAUUUAAAUGUGAUGCUCUCAGUUGCUGAUCUUGAGGCUUGUAUUGCUGAUUCCUGCAAAGUUGUCACAAAUGCUUACUGGAUUUUCAAAAAUAAAGUACAUGAACAGGGCUGGACAAUGUCAGAAUCACUUCUAAAUCCUGGCCGAGCUAGGCUAUGUCAAGCUGAUAAUAGAUGAUAUUAGCAUAUGCUGAGCUGGCUACUGUUGGAUUAUAAAUGUCUAAGUUGUUGGACUUACUCGAUGAGAAAUGAGUCAGGCAAUUUCAACUAUGUAAAAGAGGAGUUGCAAUCCUCAAGUUGAGUCAUGCUAUCUUUGAUCCCCACAAAAGGCAAAUGAAUUUUUCUGGAUUGAUGCAUGCAUACAUAAUUUUAAAGAGGAUAAGUUAUAUGAUUGAGUUGUUAGCAUAA